AUGGCAGAUACUAUAACGACUGCAGUAGCUGAUCUUGCUGUGAAGAAAAUGGUUAGCAAAGGUUUUGAAGUAAUGAAUUAUGUAAUGGACCUCGACUCUGAGCUGAAAGAUCUUGAGAAUACAAGGACUCUCGUUGAAGCUGCACUCCUUGAUUCAGAUUCAUUGUCAGAGCAUCACAGCAGCCACACUGAAAAAGACACGCUGGAGAAGCUCAGUUGUCAGCUUGAUAGGUUGCUUGACUUGUUUGAUGCAAGAGCUUCUAGAGAAUUGCAGAAACAAGUCAUGAGUGGAGGUAACUUCGCUAAAGAGCUACGGUCCUUCUUCUCUGCAUCAAAUCAGCUUGUUGCACGAUUUAAAGAUGCUCGAAAAGUUGCUGAUAUUAAGAAGAAACUGAAUUCCAUUGCAAUAGACCAUGCUAUGAUUGGUCGCAUUUGCAGCUUGCCAACUCAAGAGAGAAGUAUACAAACUGCACAGUCGUCUCAUGUUGUUUCCAAUUUGGUUGUUGGAAGGAACAGAGAAAAGGACGAGAUUGUAAGCAUAUUGUUUGAGGAAUCCGCGGUGGUGGCUUCGCAGACCCUCUCUGUUGCCUCCAUUGUCGGGAUUGGUGGAAUAGGGAAAACAACAAUGGCUUGGUAUGCGUACAAUGAUGAGAGGAUGAAGCGCUGUUUUGAUGUUAAAUUCUGGGUUUCAGCAACUCAGGAUUUUGAUAUUGAAAAGGUGCUGGUGGAGAUGAUAACAGCAUGUGGUGCAGGGGAAUUGCCUCACAAACUGUGCACCGUGGAUCAAUUGUAUCAUCACUUUCGACGAGCAAUUAGUGGCAAGAAAUUUCUGCUUGUUCUCGAUAACAUUUGGGAUCAUGUUAGUCUGAGGCAGAAAUGGGUUGAUCUGAGAGACCUGUUAUCAGCGCAUUCGGCUGGUGGGAGUCGGGUUCUUAUCACUACACGUGAUCAAAAAGUUGCCAGAAUUAUGGGCACCGUCAACCCUUACGUGCUUGGGGAUUUAGUAGAAGAUGACUCUUGGCUUCUCUUUCAAAAGAUUGCUUUUACACAAUGGCAGGAGCCAGGUGUAGAAGCAAUUGGGAAGGAGAUCGCUGAAAUGUGUCCAAAAGUGCCCCUUGUUAUUCGAAGUAUAGGAGGCCUCUUAGCAGGGAAACAUACGGUUCAGCAAUGGCAGGCCUUUAGAAAUGAUCAGCUUGCUAAUUUUGCUUCCUAUGGGCGUGACAUUAUGCAUACGCUUAAAUUUAGCUACGACCAAUUGGAUGCCAGAUUGAAGCUUUGUGUUACUUACUGCAUCUUGUUCCCAAAGGCAACUUAUUUCGAAGUUGGUGAACUGAUCCAUUAUUGGAUUGCUUUGGGAUAUGUUAAGCCACAGUAUAGUAAUCAAAGCUUGGAGGAAGCAGGGCAAGAAUAUCUAAUCAACUUGAUUAAUUGUGGGUUUUUUACGUGUCAUGGGUUUCUUGAAUGGGAGGAUAUGCUUGUCCACAGAAUAGUUAUGCACGAUGUAAUGUAUGAGCUUGUUCUCUCAAUAGCUGGGUUCAAGUACAAGGUGGCAGAUUCAAACACGUAUGAAAUUGACAAAAGGGUUCGUCAUCUGUCUUUCUGGAGAUUGAUGAAGAGCUCAAAUUGGCAAAUGCCUUCUUCAUUACCCAAAAUCAAACACCUACAAUCAUUCAUCAUAGGCAUUCCUACGAGUGCUUUUGCUUCUAGCAAUUUUUCCAUAAUUGAUAAAUUAAUAUCAACAUAUGAAGGUUUAAAAGUACUAGACCUACAAGAGAUGUGGAUAGAGAAAUUGCCAGAAUCCGUAGGUGAAUUAAUCCGCUUGCGGUAUCUAAAUUUGUCUAGAGCUCAAAUAGUGAAACUCCCAAAUUCAAUCACACGUCUAGUGAAUUUACAAUCGCUCUACUUGAAACAUUGUUUUUCCCUUGAGGAGUUGCCGAGGGACAUGAGCAAGUUGCUGAAUCUGAGACACCUUUUGUUAGUCGGAAGUACGAGGUUGAGGCAUAUGCCCAUGGGAUUGGGGAAUUUGACAAAUCUUACAAUUUUGGAUGUGUUUAUAGUGGGUGAACAGACUGAAUCAGAGGUUAAUAUUAUUAUGGGAAGAUUAUCAGAUCUAAGUCGGCUAAACAAUCUAAGAGGAGAAUUGCAUAUUGAGGUGCGUAGGGAGUCAAAGUAUAUACUGUCAUCUGAGAUCAGUGAAGUAAACUUGGAGAUGAAAGAGAGCCUCCUAUAUCUGAUUAUAAGUUUCAAGAAUGGUACAAAAGAGGAUGAGAGGGUGUUAGAAUGUCUCCAGCCCCCUUCUAAUCUAGAAGCCCUCAAAAUAAAUGGGUAUGGAGGGGAGAGGUUACCAGGUUGGAUGGAGGAUCAUCAAUUGGAGGGUCACCUUCCUAAUUUGGAAGAACUUACUUUUAAAUAUUUUAAAGCAUGUAAGAACCUGUGCUCCUUAGGAAGGCUCCCUUGUCUGGAAAUUCUAAAACUUGAAAACUUAGAUGAAGUGGAGUAUAUGGACGACAACACCAGCAUCGUGGAUGAGUUGCCCCCAGCUUCCUUAUUUCCAAGCCUUCAUAAAUUCACAAUAAAAGGAAUGCCAAAAUUGAAGGGAUGGUGGAGGAUGCUAUCAAGUAAUGAGCAAGAUUCAAGGGGGGAUCUCCAGGUUCAACAACAUCUUGUUAAGUGGAAGCCUCCAUUUCCUAAAUUAGCAUUGCUACAAGUGGACAAUGUGGAAUUGGCGAUUACAAUUACAAGGCAGCUGCACUCAGGGUGCUUCACUUCUCUUAAACGUCUCUGUAUUGAAAAUUAUGACAUUGGUGAGCAACCUCAUCAGCAACAAGAAGCGCCUACCCUCCAAAAUAAGUAUUUAUUCUUUCCCAACUUGAAGUUUCUAAAUCUAUGGCAGGUGAACGAGGUUGAGAUUCUUUCAGAAAGCUUUCGAUUAUAUUCCACCCUGGAAAGAAUAACAAUAAGUAAAGGUAAAAAGCUUAAGGCAAUACCAGAAUGGAUUGACAACCUCACCUCCCUAAAAGCACUUUUUUUAUUAAGAUGCCCAAGAUUGGAAUCACUGCCGCAGCAGAUAGCAAACCUCCCAAACUUGGACACACUUCGAAUUCAUACAUGCCCCAUACUUUGGGAGAGGUGCCAGAGUCCAAAUGGAGAAUACUGGCCCCUAAUUCAACAUAUUCCUCAUCUAUACAUAGAUGAAUAG